AACACAAAUACAGCGGCUAGUAUUUGAAGAUGGCCCUAAAUUAUGUGUCCAUGUCUGCCGGCGAUCAAGGAAAGAGAGUGGCCGGCCGCUCUUCCCACGGCGACUUCAGCCGGUCGGCCUUAGCGUGGGCAAUGUUCUCUGGAGACAGCUUUCUUGUUACCUGGCCCGAAGCCAUUCAUCCAGAACCUACUCCCAGGCAGGCGGUGCCGCCAAGCGUUCGGACCGAGAGCCGGCGGGCGACUGGUGGCAGCUGGAGUCCAACGCACUUUAUAAAGGGAAGGGACCCUGAUGGGCGGAUCCGAAGCUGUCAAGCGAGAUUCUCACCUUACCCGACCCCUGGGGUUAAACUCGAUCUCCUAAGAAGCGGCUGCAACAGCAUUUGAUGGCGUUUGGAGGUUUUCGUCUUAAAGUGAACACCUCCCGCCUCCCGUUAAUUAGCUCGUUAACAAGGCCUCUCUCAAAUCCUUUCGUGAUGCAGCCGCAGUCUUAUUUUUAGAGGGGUGUAUUUUUGUUUUGCUAUUUAAAAAAGACGUAGGAAUCCUGUUAAUAUAGCCUAGCACAAAGGAAAAUUUUCCUGUUGCUGAACUCAGAUGGUUUUAAGCGGCCAGAAUGAUUAGUUCAGGAAGAGGUGGAAGAGAUCUUUUUUCUUAGGUAGGCACAAAGCUAGCUGAGCCGGUGGGACCACCCUUCCCAGAGGUCAACAGUCCUUUUAUUCACCCUCUGUGCGCUGCGUUCAAACAAUGGAUCCAAAUUUCUGUGCUUUCCACAAGCCUUCCCUCCCUUCCCUGGCAGAUUCUCCUACUUUGAGACUUGUAAUUGACCUUCCUUAACUACCUACCUUUCUACCUCGGACUACUCCCUCGACCUGUACUUCUGUUGGUCAAAAGGAAAUGCUUCAAUUUAUUGCCCUGGUUUAUCUUUCCUCCUAUUGCCCAAUAAUCCUAUUACCUUGUUUUUAACAUUUACCCUCUUCCAUUUUCCAUCUCCCUCCACUUUUUCUUCAGGAAUAUCUACAAACUUCAACCUUAACCAUACUUAAAAAAAAAAAAAAGUUAAACUUUGCUACUCUUUCAAAUUAUCAAGCCAAUUUACAUUUCUUUCUUUGCCAAAGGCUCCAAAUGAAUUUUUAUACUUUCAUUGGUUAUUUUAUUACGUGCACUCAAUCUCAGCUUCCUUAAUCAGAAUCUAUUCUCCCCAAAUUAACAAAAAAAUGGAAACGUUAGAUCGUCUCUGUGGUAAGCACUGUGAAGGAACUUGACACUGUCCUGCCAUCAAGGAGACCAACAGGUAUACGCUAGAUGGGGAGGCCCGUAACAGGUAAUCACCACACUGGACUGUUCAUUAGGUGAAGUGGUAAUAAGCGCACUGCUUGCAAUGGUUCUCCAUAAUACUGCACUUUCCUGGUUCUUCUGUUUCCUGGCUGAUCACUCCUUACUGGCUAAUAUAUUUUUGUUCUCCUAAACAUACAUUCCCCCAAGGUUUAAAGGGUGGUAUUAGGGGAAAGUUAGUGAUUUUGCAAGUUCCACCUCUUUAUGUAAGCAAGUAGACUAGCUUUUUCGCAAUGGACUCUUGUCUGUAAUUAUGUUCAGACAGCACAGGUACCACACAGAACUGAAUUACUAGAACUACAUCUUAAGAAGAAUGUUGAUAAACCAGGGA